UUAAGUAAAAUAAAAUAAAUCAAACUUAGUGCAAAAUACAUUGUGCAACAAUUAUUCCUUAUCAGAGUUUGCGGUCGGUAUUAUUUUUAAUUAGACUUUGCAGUUUCCGGUAUGAUGACUAUGAUGUCACGCAUUUGUUUUUCUAGAAAAUUCUAGAUCAAUUUUAGCGAUAAAUAUUUAAGUAAAAAUAAAAUAAAUCAAACUUAGUGCUAAGACAUUGUGUAGCAACUGGCGUUAUCAGUUUGCGGUUUUCCGGUCUAGCAUUGUACCCAGCAAACAACUCGCAAUUCACGUCAGUCUCUACUUGCCUCUCGUCGAAAUUAGUCGAUUCGCUCUCUAAAAAAUAAAAAAUGUUUCUAUGCAGCGUUUGUGGGAAAUUGUGUUCCUAUAAGAGGAAUUUGACAAGACAUACGAAGAUUUGUAAUGCCGAUCAAAUCAAAAAUGCCACGCCCCAAACCGACUCGAACAACGGUGUUAGCCCUAGUAAACAUACGUGCGAGAAAUGCUUGAAAACAUUCAGCCGAAAGGAUAAUUUAAAACAACACCGCAGGAUUUGCAAAGGAGCCCUCAACGGUGAGUUAUUAUUUUAUUUUUUUUAUUUUAUAUUAAAUGGUUUUUUCUAUUUUAUUUUAGCCAAUCAACCUGAACCAAAAAAUUUAGAGACGGUAUCCCUGAAAAGAACAAGCUCUCCCACUAACAUCAAUCAGGCAGAGUCAAAGUCUUCGGUGUCAAAGAGAGCUAGAUUUGGUUUCAAUAACGAACACUUGGUAAUGCAGGAGGAAGGUGUUUACCUUGUAAAUACCGCAUAUAAAAACCGAAUUGCUACAUAUCGGCUUUUAUCGAAUAAAAACAUUACCAGCGUUAAUGAUUUUUUAAAUAAUCUCCGUGAAAACAUCAUUUCGCUGGUAAGAUGCUAAAUCGAAAGGUUUGGUAAUGUGAAAGUCGGUAUGGAGUUAUUUGGUCGCUUCCUCCUGCAGACAAAGGAGGUGCAAGAGACCAAGUCCUUUGGCUCGCGUUUCAGGGAGGCAAGCUAGGGCACCGAUUUGGAGGAGCUGUUUGAUCAGUUCGCCACUAUCAUCAAGCGGAGAUUCCAGGAGUUUAAUGAAAAAGAUAGUGGUUGGACUCUUCAGCAACUCCUCCACGUAGAUGUAAGGGUAAAUAAAAUCAACCCACUAAAAGCCUCAUCUUACAUACCAUUACCGAAGGAAAUAGAAGCGAAAAGGGCUGUGUUGA